CUUCCCAAAAUUCACUUCCGCAUUCUCUCUCUCUCUCUUUCUCUCUCACCUGAGAAGCUCUUCUGAAGUUGGAGCUUUUCUUCCUUACUCAUUCUCUCUUCUGUUACUAUCAAGUUUUUCAGAUCAAAAUGCAUAGCAAAGAAGUUCGUUCUCCGUCAUCUAACGGCAUCGGUAUCAACACCGCCGACCACGAGCAGUUGAACGCCGGCGCGUUUGCUUCUUCCUCUGCACCGACUAAUGACAAACUUCCAUCGCUCGCCUGCAAAGAGAUUGAAACUCUGCAGAAGGAGAACGAAGAACUUGUGAAGAACGAUUCGCAGAGUGUUCCAUCGCUCACCGGAAUGCAGAAGGAGAACGGAGAGCUUGCGAAGAACGAUUUGCCGAGCAUCGGUGCGUUUGCUUCUUCCUCUGCACCGACUAAUGACAGUGUUCCAUCGCUCACCGGAAUGCAGAAGGAGAAAGGAGAGCUUGAGAAGAACGAGAGGUUAAAUUCUGGUUUAUGUACAUUGAACCGCGUAUUUAUAGAACCAAGAUGUUGCAUAAAUGAAUCCGAACGGAAAUCAAAUGAUUCAAGUGGCGUGGCAUUGAAGAAGUUCAAGAAAGACAGUGUUUACAUUGACAAAAAUGGCAAAUUAAGGAACUUCAAUCACAAGAAACUGUCCAGAAAAACAUGUGGUUCUAUGAGAGGAAGAGGAUGGAAAUUUGGUUCUGGAUUUGUUGAUGGGAUAUUCCCAGUGUUGAGUCCAACUGCACAACUAAUGUUGGAGUAUCUUCAAAAGGAAGUGGAUUCCGAGAGAAUUUGGGGUUCAUUGGAUAAGCUUCCACCCUCUCUUGAUGCAUGGGAUGAUGUUUUAACUGUGUCCGUUCAACUCCGGAUGAGAAAAAAAUGGGAUUCAAUCAUUUCGAUAUGUAAAUGGAUACUGCUAAGAAGUUCCUUCAAGCCAGAUGUGAUAUGCUAUAAUUUACUCAUAGAUGCUUUUGGGCAAAAGUUUCUAUACAAGGAAGCAGAAUCAACUUAUUUGCAGCUUCAUCAGGCUAGGUGCAUUCCUAAUGAAGAUACCUAUGCCCUUCUCAUAAAGGCCUAUUGUAUGUCUGGGAAGCUACAUAAUGCUGAAGCUGUAUUUGCCGAAAUGCGAAAUUAUGGCCUUCCUUCAAGUGCUGUUGUGUACAAUGCUUACAUAAAUGGAUUGAUGAAAGGAGGAAACUUCGACAAAGCAGAAGAGAUUUUUCAAAGGAUGAAAAAGGACGGUUGCAAGCUAUCUAUUGAAAGUUAUACAAUGUUGAUAAAUUUAUAUGGGAAGGCUGGUAAAUCCUAUAUGGCCUUAAAAGUUUUCGAUGAAAUGUUAAGCCAAAAGUGCACACCUAAUAUUUGCACAUACACUGCUCUAGUGAAUGCAUUUGCCAGAGAGGGAUUAUGUGAGAAAGCUGAAGAAAUAUUUGAGCAGAUGCAAGAAGCUGGAAUUGAACCGGAUGUUUAUGCUUAUAAUGCCCUCAUGGAAGCUUACAGUCGUGCAGGUUUUCCUUACGGGGCAGCAGAAAUAUUUUCACUAAUGCAGCAUAUGGGAUGUGAACCAGAUAGAGCCUCAUAUAAUAUCUUAGUAGAUGCAUAUGGGAGAGCAGGUUAUCAAGAUGAUGCUGAAGCUGUUUUUGAAGAUAUGAAAAGAGUUGGAAUAACACCAACAAUGAAAUCUCACAUGGUACUUUUAUCUGCUUAUUCCAAAAUGGGAAAUGUGAGUAAAUGUGAAGACAUUCUUAACCAAAUGGGUAAAUCAGGCCUAAAACUAGACACUUUUGUUCUCAACAGCAUGCUCAACUUGUAUGGAAAGUUAGGCCAAUUCAAAAAAAUGGAAGAAGUUUUAACAGUGUUGGAAAAAGGAUCAUAUAUAGUUGAUAUUAGUACAUUUAAUAUCUUGAUACAUAGGUAUGGACAAGCAGGAUUUAUUGAGAAAAUGGAAGAACUCUUUCGGUUACUUCGUACCAAAGGUUUAAAACCUGAUGUGGUUACUUGGACUAGUAGAAUUGGAGCUUAUUCUAAAAAAAAGCUUUAUCUUAAGUGCUUAGGAAUAUUUGAAGAAAUGAUUGAUGCUAGUUGUUAUCCAGAUGGAGGAACAGCAAAAGUACUUCUUGCAGCAUGCUCCAAUGAAGAUCAGAUUGAGCAAGUUACUAGUGUGAUUAGAAAUAUGCAUAAGGAUAUGAAGACUGUUUUAGCAGUAGCAUAAGUUUUUGAACUUUGAGAUGAUAGUAAAAAAUGUAAUAUGUGUUAAUGAAAAGAAUAAAAUUAACUUGGUGUAAAAGUGAUUUUUAUGGGAGGAGAAUACUCUCAUGUUUUGCUUUUACGCAUUGGUUACACACAAAA